UCAAGUUGAUUUUAUAACAAAAAUUACACGUUAUAUCUUAGUAUUUCAUCCAUUUUACGACAAUAUUUGCAUGUGAAAUGGCAUACGACUUAAAAAAUGAAGACGAGGCUAAAGAAUACAUCGAAAAUCUUGGUGUAGAAUAUCGUUUUCAGUGUUUUCAUGAAAAAAGCCCUGAAGGAUGCCAUCGUCUGGCUGAUUUUGAGAACAACAUCAAAAAGGACCACGAAAAAGCUGCGAAAGUCUACAAAACAAACUGUGAUGAUUAUAAAUACGCACAAAGCUGUUUCAAAUAUGGAAAUUUGGCACUUAUGGGAAAAGGCCUCAAGCAAGAUUUCAGGCAGAGUUUCGACUAUUACAAAAAAGGGUGUGAUCAAGGUCACAUGCCUGCCUGUAACAAUUUAGGAUUGAUGUUUGGUGGCGGAAAAGUGACUCACAAAAAAGACUAUAAAAAUGCGAUAGAGUGUUUCAAGAAAGCAUGUGACGGAGGCUUUGCUUCCAGCUGUUAUCAUCUGAGCGGUCUGUAUCUUACUGGUCGAGAUGAAAUUCCUAAGGACAUGAAGCAGGCUCAUGAAUACUCUGUGAAAGCCUGCGAAGGCGGCGUUUAUUAUGCUUGCACAAACCUUAGUCGCAUGUAUGCCAAAGGUGACGGUGUAGACAAGAACCCGAGGUUAUCGGAACAUUAUAAGAAAGAGGCGGACAAGGUGAAGGAGAACCACAAGGGAGACUCGCAAGCGAGAACACUGACAUUUAGUGAGAGUCAAUGAUGAUGGUGUAUUUUAGGAACUUUUGUUUUUCCAGUUCUCCAUGUUAUUACAAUUGAUAUAUGUCAAUUUUUAGACUGAAAAUGGAAAAGGUUUGCACCUCAAGGUCGGAUACAGGCAGAGUCUGCUGAGAUUUUUAAUCAAAUAUAGAUAAUCGGCUCUAUAAUAUGCACAGUUCAAGUAGCCUACUUAAUGAGAUAAUUGGGUUUGGUGGUAUAAUUGGGUUCAGGCUCAGUGGGUGGCUUGUGUGAAAUACGAACUCUGCCAUUAUCGCAGUGACACUUUUUAUUGUACUGUAAAAAUGUCUGUUAAUUAUUACUAUGAUAACAAAAUACAAAGUUCACCUUUGAUCUUUGAACAGAGGAUUAUGAAUAAAAGACAACAUUUAUCAG